ACAUAUAUAUAUAUAUAUAUCUAUAAAGAGAAACAGACAGGCAUAGACGUAGAGUGAACAGGAGUGAGAAAGUGCGAGGGAGAGAAGAAAGAGCAGCAGACAGUUUGAUCGGGGCGCGGGAGUCGCCGCUCGGUGGCUGGGAGUCUGGAAGUGCAAGAGCCUUGUCGCCGGCCGCCACUGCAUGACGUACCGUUGCGCGGACACGAGAGAGACACGCGAGUGCGAUCAUACGCAGCCUCGAGAAGUGGCCGCCCUUCUAUCACAUCGCCUGACCUUGACGACCUUCUCAUACUCUAAACGAGAGCCUAUUAUUGUCCACGAAACUUUCACCUCCGACUGAGAGCUCUCGACGGGUCGCACCUGCGAUUAUUGACCAACACUUGUGAAUUAUCAACUUCGCCGGCAAAAUGCCCGCCAGAUUCGACACCAUGAAUAGUCCGCUCGUACGAGACAACGUCGUUAGCAAUGGCACGCCUUACAUCAUUGAUGAUGACAUCGUCAUAUCAGGUUUCUCAGGUCGUCUGCCGGAAUCGUCGAACAUCGACGAGUUCAAACAGCAGCUGUUCGAAGGCGUGGAUCUGGUGACGGACGACGAGCGUCGCUGGCCCUCGGGUAUCCACGGGUUGCCCAGCCGCACCGGCAAAAUCAAGGACCUCGCCUCCUUCGACGCCACCUUCUUCGGCGUCCAUGCCAAGCAAGCCAACGUCAUGGAUCCACAACAGCGAAUGCUCCUGGAGCUGACGCACGAGGCCAUCCUCGACGCUGGCUUCAAUCCCGCCGAGAUUAGGGGCUCCAAGACCGGCGUCUUCAUCGGUGUCUCGGACUCCGAAUCCGAUGAGUACUGGACGGCUGAUCCCGAUAUGGUCAACGGUUAUGGGCUAACCGGCUGCUGCCGGGCGAUGUUUCCUAACCGCAUCUCCUACACGUUCGACCUGACGGGCCCGAGCUUUGCCGUGGACACGGCGUGUUCCUCGUCCCUGUACGCUAUGCAUCAGGCGAUAACGUCGAUACGCAGCGGCCAGUGCGACGCUGCGAUCGUCGGUGGCGUGAACCUCCUCCUGAAGCCGACGAGCUCCCUCCAGUUCCACAGGCUGAGCAUGUUAUCGCCCGGGGGCGCUUGCAAGGCCUUCGACAGCUCCGGAGACGGAUACGUGCGCUCCGAGGCUGCGGUAGUCGUUUAUCUCCAGCGGACGCGAGACGCCCGACGCGUCUACGCGACCGUCGUCAACUCCCGGGUAAACACGGACGGGCACAAGAGCCAGGGCAUCACCUAUCCGAACGGCGGCAUGCAAAACAGACUGAUGCGCGAGGUUUACGCCGAGGUGGGCAUCAAUCCCGCGGACGUGACUUACGUCGAGGCCCACGGCACGGGGACGAAGGUGGGCGAUCCCCAGGAGGUCAAUUCAAUAGCCGAGCUAUUCUGCAAGGACAGGAGAACGGGUCCCCUGCUGCUCGGGUCCGUCAAAUCGAAUAUGGGCCACUCGGAGCCGGCCAGUGGACUCUGCUCGAUCGCCAAGGUCCUCAUCGCCAUGGAGCAGGGCGUCAUACCCGCGAAUCUACACUUUAAGCAGCCGAACGCCGACAUUCCCGCCCUGUCGGACGGCAAAAUCAAGGUAGUCGACGAGCCGACGCCGUGGAAAGGGGGCCUCGUUGCCGUGAAUUCCUUCGGCUUUGGCGGAGCCAAUGCCCAUGUCGUACUACGCAGCAAUCCCAAGCCCAAGGUCUCGCCAAUGCUGGACGUCGGUGUGCCAAAAAUUGUCGCAGUGUCGGGCAGAACCGAGGAGGCCGUCGCGUCUCUACUCGACGAGGUGAAGCGCCAUGAGAAAGACGACGAGUUCAUCUCGCUACUACACAGCAUUCACGCGCUCAACAUUCCCGGCCACCCAUACCGCGGCUACCACAUCCUGAGCGAGACGGAGGAGCGCGAGAUCGCGCAUCACAACACGGGCGAGCAACGGCCCGUAUGGUACAUCUUCUCCGGCAUGGGCUCGCAAUGGCCGGGCAUGGGUAAGGAGCUCCUUGUUAUACCGACCUUCGCCGAGAGUAUGCGCCGAUGCGCCGGGGCGUUGAAGCCCUGCGGCGUCGAUCUCAUGAGCCUCAUACUCAACGGCAACGACGAGACUUUCGGCGAUGUGCUCAACAGUUUCGUGACAAUCGCGGCCAUUCAGGUGGCUCUCGUCGACAUGCUCACGAUGCUCGGCGUACAUCCCGAUGGUAUCAUCGGCCACUCCGUUGGCGAGGUCGGCUGUGCCUACGCCGACGGCACUUUCACCGCCGAACAGGCCGUAUUGGCCGCUUACUGGAGAGGCAAAUCCAUCAAGGAGUCACAGCUGCCCGAUAAUAUGGGUAUGGCGGCGGUUGGCCUCAGCUGGGCAGAGGCGAAAAAACGAUGCCCACCGGACGUCUUCCCGGCCUGUCACAAUUCCACCGACUCGGUCACGAUAUCCGGGCCCCGUCCAUCCCUCGACACAUUCAUCGCCGAACUGAAAGCCGAGGGGAUCUUCGCCAAGGCCGUUCACAGCUCGGGUGUCGCCUUCCACAGCAAAUACAUCGCCUCGGCCGGACCGAAGCUCCGCGCCAGCCUCGAAAACAUCAUUAUCAACCCGAAACAGAGGAGCUCCAGGUGGAUAUCGACAUCGAUCCCGGAAUUGGCCUGGGGUACGCCCUUGGCUCAGCUCAGUUCACCCGCUUAUCACGUAAACAAUCUCCUAUCGCCAGUCCUGUUCCAGGAGGCAUUGAGGCACGUGCCCGAUAAUGCUAUUGUCGUUGAAAUUGCGCCGCACUGCCUCCUCCAGGCGAUUCUCAGGAGAUCGUUGCCGGCUACCGUCACUAAGGUCGGCCUGCACAAAAAGGAUCACACGAACAAUAUGACCUUCUUGUUGGCCAACAUCGGCAAGCUUUACAAUGCUGGAGUCCAGCCUCAGUUGGCCAAAUUUUAUCCGCCCAUCAGCUAUCCCGUGGGACAUAGUACGCCAAUGAUCAAUUCAAUGAUCAAGUGGGAUCACUCGAUCCAGUGGGACGUAGCCGAUUUCUCGGGCAAGAGCUCGAAAUCCGGGGAAAGCGUCGUGGAGAUCGACUUGUCGAAAGAGAGCGACGCCUACUUGGCUGGACACACGAUCGACGGCAGGAUCCUCUUCCCGGCCACGGGCUACUUGACCAUCGUCUGGAAAACCUUUGCCAAAUUAAUGGGCACGGAGUAUGAGAAAACGCCCGUCGUACUGGAAGAGGUGCAGUUCCAUCGGGCCACGAUUAUGCCGAAAGAGGGGUCAGUUAAAUUCCUUAUCAACGUGUUCGACGGCACGGGAGAUUUCGAGAUCUGCGAGGGUGGCUCGGUCGCAGUGACAGGUAAAAUUCGUCGUCCCGAGAACGUGGAGAAGGAGCAAUUGAAGCUACCGAUGCCAUCUGGAUCGAAGGAGCCGGAGCUCCUCGAAUUAAAGACCGAGGAUGUGUACAAAGACUUGCGAUUGCGCGGCUACGAUUACAGUGGCUACUUCCAAGGUAUCCUCAGCGCCGACAACCGCGGCUCCGUCGGUAGGCUCAACUGGUCAGAGGACUGGAUAUCGUUCAUGGACAUGAUGCUUCAGUUUUCCAUCCUUGGCAAGGAUUCGCGCGAUCUUUUUCUACCCACGAGGCUGCAGCAGGCCAUCAUCGAUCCUCUGGCCCACAAACAAGCCAUUGAGAAAGUCGAAGCCAAUGAGGGAUUGCCGGUUUAUUCUUACCCGAAAAUUGGAGUCAUCAAGUCCGGCGGUAUUGAAAUUAGGGGGAUGAAGGCAUCGUUGGCUCCGAGGAGGCAGCAGACUCAGGCGGCACCAAAGCACGAAAGAUACGUCUUUGUGCCGUACAAGAAUUCGCAAGUGCUUGUAGAGGAUCCCGCAAGAUCGAAGCUGCACGCACUAACCGUCCUACUUCAAAUCGUUCGUGAGAAUCUCGGAGGCAUCAAGUUCAAGGCUGUCGAGGUGACGGGCGAGAGGAGCUCCGAAGCUCUCAUGGCACCGAUCAUCUUGGACGUCUUGUGCAGCGAGCCAAUGCUCAGUGUCGAGCUCCAGCUGGUGAGCAGUUCGCCGGACAGUCACGCCUCUCUAAUGGAACGAUGGAAGCUCAAGGCCCUAGCCAAGGACGCCCAGUCCGGGCCCGUUGGCCAAGAUCUGCACCUCGUUGUCGCCGCGGACGUGCUGAGCAACAAUCAGCUGGCAGUAUUAAAAAACAUCGCCGAUUCGCUGCGCGUCGGUGGUUAUGUCGUCCUCGAGGAGACCGGGGCCAUCUGCUCGAACGCCCCGACCAAGUCUGGGCUGAUAUUGGCCGCCAAGCAGGUUGUUCACGGCAGGACUUACGCGCUCCUUAAAAAGCUCGAGGAGUCGGGCGAGCCGAUCAUUCUGCAAAUUACGGAGAAGAACUUUAAUUGGCUCGAGGGCGUCAAGGCGGCGCUUAAGAAGUCCGAGCUCGAGGGCCAGCGGGUGCUGCUCGUUAGCCAAGGCGAGGAGUCGCUAGGUUUGGUGGGCUUUAUGACGUGCGUACGUCAAGAGGCCGGCGGUCAGAACGUCCGCUACGUCUUCAUCCAGGACAAAAAUGCGCCCAAGUUCUCGCUCUCCGAUAAGUUUUAUUCGGAGCAGUUGGCCAACCAGCUGAUGGCGAAUGUGCUGAAAGGCGGCCAGUGGGGAUCUUACCGACAUCUGCGGCUCGAGCAGCAGACCGACGUCUCCUCGCUGCACGUCGAGCAUGCGUACAUCAAUACCCUCGUGAGGGGUGACCUCAGCAGUCUCAGGUGGAUCGAGGGCCCGCUCGGCUAUUAUCAGCCGGAAAAGUUUCCUGGCAAGGAGCUCUGCAGCGUUUACUAUGCUCCACUCAACUUCAGAGAUAUCAUGUUGGCGACGGGCAAGCUUAACGCAGACGCACUGCCGGGUGACCUGGCCAGUCAGGACUGCAUCCUCGGACUCGAGUUCGCUGGUCGCAACGCUAAAGGUGAACGGGUGAUGGGUAUGGUGGUAGCCCGAGGCCUCGCUACGACGGUUCUCGCCGAUCCAGGCUUCUUGUGGCAGGUGCCGGACAAAUGGAGCCUCGAGGAGGCCGCUACCAUCCCCGUCGUAUAUUCGACGAGCUAUUACGCCCUGUGCGUCAGGGGUGGUUUGAAGACCGGGGAGAGCAUCCUCGUGCACGCGGGUAGCGGUGGCGUGGGUCAGGCCAGUAUCGCUAUCGCCCUGCACAUGGGAUGCAAGGUUUUCACGACCGUGGGUUCGCAGGAGAAGAGAGACUUUCUUCUCAAGUCCUUCCCCCAGUUGAGCGAUCGCAAUAUUGGCAAUUCCCGAGACACGAGUUUCGAGCAGCUCGUGCUGACCGAGACCAACGGACGUGGCGUCGAUGUUAUUCUCAACUCCUUGGCUGGCGAGAAGCUGCAGGCGAGCGUCAGGUGCCUGGCGAACGGCGGUCGCUUCCUCGAGAUCGGCAAAUUCGACCUAUCGAAUAACACGGCCCUCGGCAUGUCGCUCUUCCUUAAGAACACGUCCUUCCACGGCAUUCUCCUGGACGCCCUCUUCGAAAGCGACUGCCCGGACAAGAAGGAAAUAGUGAGGAUGGUCAACGAGGGCAUUAGGAACGGUGCGGUGAAGCCUCUGCCGGCCACCGUCUUCAGCGAAAAGCAAAUCGAGCAAGGUUUCAGAUUCAUGGCCACGGGCAAGCACAUCGGCAAGGUGUUGCUGAAGAUCCGCGACGAGGAGCCCGAGAGGAUCAGCGAGCCGAGCCCCAAGACGGUCGCCUCGAUUCCACGUGUCUACAUGAGCCCGGACAAGUCCUACGUCCUCGUCGGUGGCCUCGGUGGCUUCGGCCUCGAACUCGCCAACUGGCUCGUCACCCGCGGCGCCAAGUACCUGGUGCUAACCUCGCGCUCGGGCGUUCGCACCGGAUACCAGGCGCUCUGCAUUCGCAGGUGGCGCGAAAUCGGCAUUGCCGUUAGCGUAUCGACCGACGACGCCACGAGCCUCGCCGGAGCGGAGAAUCUCAUGAACGCGGCCAACAAAUUAGCACCCGUGGGAGGGAUCUUCAACUUAGCCGCGGUGUUAAAGGACGCACUUAUCGAGAACCUGGAAGUGGAACACUUCAAAGCCGUGACUAUGCCGAAAAUCGAUGGAACGAAAAAUUUGGACGUCACCUCGAGGAAACUGUGUCCCGCGCUCGACUACUUCGUUGUGUUUUCGUCGGUGUCCUGUGGAAGGGGCAACGCCGGCCAGACCAACUACGGCUUAGCCAACUCGGCCAUGGAAAGGAUUUGCGAACAGAGGCAGGCCAAUGGUCUGCCAGGUAUUGCAAUUCAAUGGGGAGCCAUCGGGGACGUCGGCCUCAUUCUCGACACAAUGGGCAAUAACGAGACGGAAGUCGGUGGCACCUUGCCCCAGCGCAUGUCCAGCUGUUUAGCUACGAUGAAUACGUUCCUUCAGCAGCCCCAUCCGGUACUCGCCUCGAUGGUUCUCGCUGACAAGGGGAAGGCCGCCGAGGCUCAGAGCCAGGUGGGUCUGCUCCAGGCGAUCGGCAAUAUCCUCGGCAUCAAGAACGUGAAGACCGUGAAUCCAAACAACAGCCUCGCCGAUCUUGGUAUGGAUUCCCUCAUGGGCACGGAGAUCAAGCAAACCCUCGAGAGGAACUACGACAUCGUCCUCAGUCCGCAAGAGAUUCGCGGACUGACGUUCGGCAAGCUCGCGACCUUCGCCGCGGACGGUAGCGACGCGACCGACACAGCUGCGACGCCCACGGCGAUAGCGACGACGACGACGACGACGACAAUGACAGCGACGACGACGGCAUCGACACCCACGGAAAGUGGCCCGGCCGAGUUGCUGUUCCAAUGCUUAGGCACCGAGAUCGUACCCAGGGAGUCCCUCCUCCAGUUAGAGAGCCGCGGUACCGAGGGCCCGCCGAUAUUCGUGGUCUCGGCGAUCGAAGGCGUGAUCGCCUCGCUGAAGGGCCUCGCGGCCGAGCUCGAUAGGCCCGUCUGGGGUCUCCAGUGUACCAAGGACUCGCCGCUGGACACGAUCGCUUCGCUCGCCGAAUUCUACGUGAAACGGAUGCGCGAAGUCCAGACCCGGGGCCCUUACACUCUCAUCGGCUACAGCUUCGGGGCGCUGGUUGCCUUCGAGAUGGCGCUUCAGCUCGAGCACCUCGGCGAAGACGUGAGCAUCACGCUGCUCGACGGCUCUCCGGAGUUCAUUACACUCCACUGCCAGACCAUCGGCAAGCAGAUUGGACAGAUUACCGAGAGCCUCGAGGACGACGGCACGAGGAAGGCUCUCGCCUACUUUACCAGACAGCUAAAUUCGAGCAUUGGAUUCUUGAAGGCGUAUAACAUACUUCGAGAAACUAACACGGACGAAGAAAUGUUUAAUAAAAUGCUACAAAUGAUUGGCUCCACGCCAUUUACGCCCAAGGACUUGAAGGACGCGGGCAUUUUAUUUUACAAAAAAUUGAAAGCAGCUGUCUUUUACAAACCGGCGGGGAAAUAUCAAGGCCCAAUUACGCUUUUCAAAGCUAAAGACAGCUUUGUUUCCUUAAACACUGACUACGGAUUGUCUCAGAUCUGUAGACAAAGUAUCAGAAUAGAGGAACUUGUAGGAGACCAUAGGAGUAUCUUAUCUGGGGAUAGCGUGAAAAAAAUCGCCCAACUGCUGAGAGUAUAAUGGCCAAACGAUAAAAGCAAGACAUUUCCCAAGUAAAUGUUGUCGAAUGUGCACAAAAAUAGCUGGUUAUGGACCAUGUGAUCUUUGAUGAUGUUCAAAAGAGAGUUGGACAAGAGUGCAUUGAAUUAAAAUAAUGGAUUAAGUAGUCCUUCGCGCCGUUGUGAAACUCUUUUAUUAAGAAUUCAGCCAAAUCCACCACCACCUUUCUCGGAACAAGCAUGUAAUUUUUAAUGUAAGCGACAUUAUUCUUCGUUGUGACGAAGGCAACAGCCUUCGAAGGUGUCUUUGGUAGCCCAUUUGUUAUUAUUGUCUUCCAUGCUUUUACACGGACUUUUGGACAAUGCAUCUUUAAUCGAUCG